GUCUCCGAGUCGUGCCCAGGGCCUGGGUGGCCCGGCUGGACAUUCCCGUGGCAUCCGUUGGGGGGCCCUAGGGUCACGGCAUUUCCUCCCGGGGGUGACUUGGCAGUGCUGGGUUCUGUUUCCUCAUUUCUGCAAUUUCCAGCUGUCACAGAGGCUGGGGAUCAACCCGGGACCCAGGCAGAGACGCUCAGGACCCUGCCGCAGCCACAGCCCUUGGCACAGGCACAGGCAGGACCCGAUGACAACCUGCCCCUUCCAGGCCAGAGCAAUGGAGUCAAACGAUUCCUCCCAUGUCGACUCUGAAUUCCGAUACAUCCUCUUCCCGAUCGUGUACAGCAUCAUCUUUGUUCUAGGGGUCAUAGCCAACAGCUAUGUGCUGUGGGUCUUUGCCAGCCUGUACCCUUCCAAAAAGCUCACCGAGAUAAAGAUCUUCAUGGUAAACCUCACCAUGGCUGACCUGCUCUUUUUGAUCACCCUGCCCCUAUGGAUCAUCUACUACCACAACCAGGGCAACUGGAUUCUUCCCAAAUUCCUUUGCAACGUGGCUGGCUGCCUCUUCUUCGUCAACACAUACUGCUCUGUGGCCUUCCUGGGUGUCAUCACUUACAACCGCUACCAGGCAGUGACACGGCCCAUCAAGACCGCUCAGGCCGCCACCCGCAAGCGUGGCAUCUAUUUGUCCCUGGUCAUCUGGGUGGCCAUUGUGGCUGCUGCAUCCUACUUCCUCGUCCUGGACUCCACCAACGUAGUGCCCGACAAGGCUGGCUCAGGCAAUACCACCCGGUGCUUUGAGCAUUACGAGAAGGGCAGUGUGCCAGUCCUUGUCAUCCACAUCUUCAUUGUGCUCAGCUUCUUCCUUGUCUUCCUCAUCAUCCUCUUCUGCAACCUGGUCAUCAUCCGCACCCUGCUCACGCAGCCGGUGCAGCAGCAGCGCAAUGCCGAAGUCAAGCGCCGGGCGCUGUGGAUGGUCUGCACGGUCUUGGCUGUCUUUGUCAUCUGCUUCGUGCCCCACCACGUGGUGCAGCUGCCCUGGACCCUGGCCGAGCUGGGCUUCCAGAACAACAGCUUCCACCAGGCUAUUAAUGAUGCACAUCAGAUCACCCUCUGCCUCCUUAGCACCAAUUGUGUCUUGGACCCUGUCAUCUACUGCUUCCUCACUAAGAAGUUCCGCAAGCACCUCACUGAGAAACUGUACAGCAUGCGCAGCAGCCGGAAAUGCUCCCGGGCCACCUCGGAGACAAUCACUGAAGUAGUCUUGCCGCUCAACCAGAUUCCUGUCAAUUCGCUCAAAAAUUAGACCCUGCUUUUGGGGCCAGGCCCAAAGUCUUCUCCACCAUCUGUCUGGGUAUCACAGACAGAUCUGGGAGAAGGAGGGAUAUCUGCCAUGGUCUGGGCAUCUCAUCCCUGGAGACUGGUAGCCCAUAAGGUAUGGAGGCUACCUGCUGGAAAAUCCAGAGCUUGAAUAAGGCCUUUCAUCCAUCUCUUGGGCACAUGUUACCAUAACCCUGACAGGUGAACUCAUCCUGAGCUCCUGGGCCUGAUGGGACUGUGGGCUGGGCCAGUGGUUGGUGCUAGGUGGAUAGCGCAGUGUACUCAAGCUUUGGUGUGGCACAGACCCGGCUUCUACUUGGGCUUGUCACUUCCUGCCAUGGGCCCUUAAGCUGAAUUUCCUACCUCUUAGGGUUGUUACCUAUGAGGUAAAACCUACCUCAUAGGGUUGUUAGGAGCAGUAAAUGCUGAGGCAGGCACUUCUUGGUCAGAGACUGCUCAUCUCCCUUCUUCUGAGAACCCAGCCCGUCUCCGUAGCUGAUCCCUCAAUCCUGUGAUGGGAGAUGAGUGGACAAGAGAGAGACAGGCAUCUCGCUCAAUGUGGGCCAGUCAGGUUCUCUCACCCAGAAGUGGGCAGCAAGAUUCAGGGAUGCCAUUUCAGGCUCGGCAAGUCACUCACCUGAAGAAAUAGAAACUGGCGCUAUGGCGGUGUGUCGACUUGUGUGUGUUUGUCUAUGUGUGGGAUGGGUGGGGGUGGGGAGGGGGUGGUGGCCACUUCAUGGAGAAGAGAAUAUUGCCGUGCUCAGACAGAAGGUGAGGAUGUAAGAGCAAAGCAGAGAAGAGGGAGAAACCAUAGGAGCCUGGAGAGGAGGGGGUGGUGCUUCCAGGGCCCAGGCUCUCCUCCUCCAGACCCAGCCCCUCUCCCUCCUUUGGGUCCUGUGAGAUUCCUUAGUCAGGAUACAUUCUCUUAUUUUGCUUAAGCUGAUUUGAGUGACUGUCUGUUACCUGCCACCAAAAGAGCUCUGAAUGAGGUCAAUGCUUCUGUGCGGAAACACAUCGUUUCUUGAAUUUCUGCCAUUGGUGUACCGCCCUCACAAUUUUUGCCAUAUCCAUGUGCCAACUGUAUGUUUACUUAAUAAAUAUUUUUCUUUAAAUAGAAUAACUGUUUAAAACUUAAAUUUAUUUAAAAGGGAAACAUUAUAACAUAAUUGUAAAUGAAAACCAGUGCCACCUGCACAGAAAGGAAACAUAAACAGGAACUAUAGCUAUUAAAAUAAAAAUGCCCCUCUGUGUCCCAUCUAAACUCUGCUCAUGUGCUCCAGUGACUAGUGUAGCAGAUUGCAGGUUGUGGGGUAUAGAAAGUACAGUGUCUGCAUUCAGGACAUGCUUGAUAGAGAGCAUCUCGGACAAAGAUUGUGCCAUUACUGGUGAUUGCUCCCUUACCUCUCCCAGAAUGUUGCUCGAACACACAGGCCAGGGUCUCUCUCUCCAGCCAGGGCCCCAGGGGUUGCAGGGAGUAUUUUAGACUAUAGCGCACGCUCUAGCCCUGCUGACCACCUCACCAUCCUGACAGUCACAUUACUCCCCUGUAGCUUCUGCCUCGUUGUGACCUUCUCAGACACCUUCUCUUCCUUUUGGCCUAUCCCAGAACACCUCAUACAGGCAGCCUUCCUGGAUCCCUCCAGGCAGGGUUAUUGGCAACUCGUGGAAUUUUAGGUCUGGGAGGAUCCAACUUUUUUAUACAUUAGUUACUCUGGUUAUUGAAAUUUGCCCAUUUACUGAAAUGGGGGCAGGAACAGAGUCUUAAUCAUCUUUGUAGCCAGUGUUUUUCACUCAUGGUCUGGACUUGAGAUCUGUCUAUCUCCAAAGCUUACUGCUUCCACAGGGUGGAGCACAAACAGAUAUAUUGACAAGUACUUACAAUUAUUCUGAAAAGGUUUAAGGAGAUUUUUUAGGGACAUACAAGGAAGGGAUUUAAUGCAUAUUUUCCGAAAGUGCUAUGUCUGUAUUUUAAAAGAAAGAUGCAGGGGAUUUUCAAAGGAUCGGAACAUUUUGGAGCUGGAAGGGUCCAAUCCCUUCAUCUUACAGAGGGGGAAAUAGGGCUCAGAAAUUACACAGUGAGUGGGUGGUGGACCUUUACAAAAGUGGGAGCCGGCUGCUCACCUGCUUCUCUCCUUUCCUGAUACAGUGACAGGGAGACUAGGAAAAGUUGAGUUGUAAUUCUUCUGAUGAAACAUCACUGAUCAGGAUUUCCAAGCCAUCUUGCUUUCAGGGAGGCCUCACUUUGCAUGUCCCCGGAACUCAGCCUUUGGCCCCAGGGAAAUAACAGUGAUGGCAGUUGGAGAACUGACAGUUGGAGAACUGAAGUGGGCUCCUGCAAUACCAGGCUCCUCCCCGAAUGGAGAGGAGACCUGGACCCAAGCAUGUUCUCCAGUUACACCUGAACAUAUCUUCGGACUUUGCAUAUUGCCUGCCUGUUGGCUGCAGGAUUGCCUGUCAGCAUCUGCCAAGACCACCCUGUGUUCCCUACACCUCCUUGGACCCCAAACCUGGAACUGGGACUGGCUGGCUUCCUGUCCUGGAUCAGCCUCUGGACCUGGUUUCUCUGAAGGAGAAAAUUCAUCAUAAGACUAUAACAUGAAGCAAGAAUAAGACAUAAAGGCAUGAAGGCAUGUUAGCGUCAUUCUCUGUAAAUGACAAAAGGUACAACAUGAAUUAUGAAACGUUUUCCUGAGCAGUGUCCUAACUGGUCAAAAUGGGCCUCAAUGCAAAGUCUACUGCCACCUCUGCGCUUCGGCUGUCACCAAGACAGCUGUGGAACUGACCACUGACCUCCAGGGAGUCUCCUCUCCAUGGGAAAACAGAAGGAGGUUUGAGUAGAGAGAAUGGUCUGUAAGAGUGCAACUUUUCUUUUUUUUUUCUUCAGUUCUCUCUUCUGGAAAUUUCUGCCCUGAGAGGAGAAGUUGCUGCAGCUGAUCUUUCCCCAGAAGGAAGGAGUAGUGCAUUCAGCUUGGCAACUACCACUUUGAAAACAUCUUCUAUUUUUGCAUGUCCAGCAUUCCUUCCUUUGGGGAACUUUUCCUCCCCAUCCCAUUUGAUACUCACAGGACUGCGAAUCAUGAGAUUCCACCCUUCUGAUCACAGGAGUGAUUCAAUCUGAGUCAACUAGACUUUAAGGACAUUGGACACUUGAGUAGAGAUACCAGGGGAUGGGAAGCAGUUGUAGCUGAGUCAUUUGAUGUGUUUACUCUAGAGCAGUGGUUCUCAAAGAGUGAUCCCAGGACCAACAGCAUCAGCAUCACCUGGGAACUUGUUAGAAAUACAAAUACCAGGCCCCACCCCAGACCUACCGAAUCAGAAAUUCUGGAGGUAGGCCACAGCCAUCUGUGCUUAACCAACCCUCCAGGAAAUUCUGAUGCAUACUGAAGCUGGAAAACCACUGCCAGAGAAACUAGUAGCUUUGCUAAUGGGAUUCCUAGAGCUUCCUCAGAUCUUGUCCUUUCCUGGGGCUUGGCUGUUGAGGUAAUUCUUAGAUUCUUUGAUCUCCUCAGUGUCUUUCUAAUAAAUUAUUUUUUUGGUUUUGUUUUGUUUGAGAAAGUGAAAGUUGCUUUCUGUUGCUUGCAACCCAAAGACCCUGACUGAUGCCCCUCUCACCUCAUUCAUAGCAGUACACCCUUUUCUGAGUAUGAGCUGGACCUUCUUGAAGUAUGGAUCAUUGUGCCAUACCUAGGAUGCCCCGGUUCAGCUUCACCCUGGUCUUUGCAUUCAACUUCAGUUCCAAUUAUACUAACUCAUUCCAGACCAAAGCAGAGCCCAGCAGAGCUUCUGACCAAGCUCCAUCACUUUCCUGCCUGUUGAUAGUUCAGUUGCUUUUGUAUCUUCCAAGACCUCUUUAUAAAAACAUCUACUCCUGCAUUCAUUUGACUCUUCUCUUUCCUCAUGUUAGCUCCUAACCUCCUCCUUAACUAUAAACGGCAACCCAUUGGCAUAAUACAGUUUGUUUUCUAUAUUAGUUUGGGAACAUAAUAAGCUACUUUAAUAUAGUGAUCCCAAAAUACAGAAUACAUGUUUGUUUAUCUCUUAUUUAACAGUUUAGAAGUAGAUGGACAGGUCAGGUUGAGUCCAGAGGUGGGAAAGCAGCCCUGCUUCAGGUAGUCCAUUUAGGGAGAGAGGUAACUUCUUUCGUGUUUCGUUACCAUCUCCUAGACACUGUUGAAGUAAGCUCUCCACCACCACAUCUACAUCCCAGCCUGUGGGAAAGGAGAAAAGAGGAAGUAGAUGGCUAACAAUUUCCUUUUAAGAAACGAUGUUGAAGAAGUGAUAUUCAUGUCAAUUCUGCUCACUUUCCAAAGUGCUGAAACUUACAAUAUGUGGAGGACAGUUGUUGCCUGUGCCUCACCUGGAAUGGCAUCAUAUUUCUCAAAGUUAAUCCCAGCAUUGCUUCCAGAAAGAGUUCCUGCUCCAAGCAUUUGCUUGGUGGAAAUGGUUUGACCAGUCAUCUUCAACUGAUUUGUUACACCAGCGACUGUUUCCACCAUGUUCAAAUUUGCCAAAGCCACUUCGGUCGCCACGGCUGCCAAUGUCAUCAUAGUCACGCUUUUCAUGAUCGUCAAACCUUCCCCUUGAUCCACUUCCACGAUCACUGAAGAAACUAGACUUCCCUCUUGUAUCACUACAAGACCCCAAACCAUUGUGUGCAUCUUUAUCUUUGCUAGAACUCCACCCUGAACUGUCUUUAUCGUAGAAUCCUUCAUCAGCUUCUCUGUUCCUUAAGUGAGAGGACUGUAACGUCCUUUGCUGGCUUGUACUUCCUCUACUCGUUAUCUGAGAAGUUAAGAUCUAGGCCAGCAAACUGCUGGUAACAGUCUGAGUGCAUUUUCCUCUACCACAUUACUAUCCCUGAAGAGGACUGAGAACUCGGAGUCUUCCAUUGCUGAUCAAAUGCGUCUGAUUCACCACAAAGGCCUUCUCAUGGGAGAACUACUGUUCUCUCUUCCCUCUUAUUCUUAACAAACCUCCUGGCCAGGCUUAGGGCAUAAAUCAUGACUGUUCCAAGCCACUUAUGAAAUUCCUGUUUUUAGUGACCCCAAACUCCUUCAUGGCUAGCAGCAUUCAUGUGGCUCAGACAAUGAAAGAAUUAGGGGAAGUUUGGUGGGGAACUUCUGGGAAAGCUUUUGCUUUCCUAGUAAAGAGAGUCGGUCAUGGCUGGAGCUUCCUCUUACCUGUUCUUCCUGCUUUGAAAGUGGAGCUAGGGCAGCCAAUUUAUGACCAUGGUGUGGCGAGGAUGAGAGGAAGGUAAAAAGAAUUGUGGGGAUAUUGAGCCAGAGAGAACCAAAACCAGUGGCUGCCCACUUCCAGACAUCUUGCUAUGUAAAAACAACAACAAAAAAAACCAACCAAACAAAAAAAUCCCAAAAAACACAAAAGCACCAUUUAAACCACUUAAAAUUGUUUUAUUUAAACCUUGUGGUCAAAAGUAUUUGAAACUAAUUCAAUCUCUCCAGACCUUUUUCUCUAUGUGUAUUUACUUUUGUAAAAAUAGAAAAGUACAUAAGCUGCUUUGUAACUUCCUUUUUAAAAAUAAUGUACAGUAACAUCAGCAUCUUUCCCUGUCAUUUAAUAUUGUUCAGCAGUUUCUAUUUUUCUGAUUACAGGAUAUUCACUGUGUGAAUGUAGCAUAAUACAUUUAAUCAACUCUUUAUCAUUGGACAUUGAGGUGUUUAACAAGUUAGUUAGGUUUUGUGUAUGUGUGUGUUUGGGGGAGGUUUGCUAUUAUAAACAGUUGUAUUAUGAACAUCUUUAUAACUAAGCUUUUGAACACAUCCUUGAAAUUACAUUCCUGGUUAUUUCCUUAAUUUUCUAGAAAUGAAAUGGCUGGGUCAAAAGGUAACAACAUUCUCUUUUCAAUAAAAUGAUACACUUGUCUUUGGUUCCA